CUGUCCAGCUGCAUAUAAUCAGAGAAACAUGCAUUUAUAUUCAAUAAAGGACAAGAGCUGCACAGAGAUUUAAUUUUGAUUUUGCUUGUUUUAGGUAACGUGUUAUAAUUCUUGCAAAACUGAAAUCACAGUUUAAACUUUAAACUAAACACUUCAUUUUUUCUUAAAGCUGGAAUGUGUAACGGAAGAUCUGCAUAGCUGGCUGGCGAGGUGAGAGAGGGAUUUUCUGCCUUUGACUCUUUCUCACAGUGCGAGGAAUGAUGCCUGGAGGAGCAUGUGCACCAAGCGAGUGCUUGUUUGGAGUUUGCUGGUCCUCUCUGUCUUUCAUAUGGGACUCGGGGUGUCCUGCAUCUCUCUGGGUGUGCUGGGGAUCACACAACCCUGCAGGCUACAGAAAAGCCAAACCUCCUUCUCCACACCGAUAUGGAGCGGCGUGUGUUUUCUUGUCUGUGGACUAUGUGGGAUACUGUGUGCAAAGAAACGAACUGGAGUGACUAUGAUCCUGUUUUCAGCUUGUUGUGUUUGUGGACUUAUUGGGGGAAUUCUCAAUGUCCAGUUUGUGCAUGCAAUGGUGAAACGAACAAACAGCCUGUACUAUCUGCACCUGGCCUUCCUCUGCCUGGACAGCCUGGGCAUCUUGGGCUGCACCCUCUCCACCUGGCUCACCUGCAGACUUGCCAGCUGUGAACAGAAAAGACUGUUUCUGGAAAGGGAUCUGUCGCUGCAUCAUUCUGUGGAGAUGGGCGAGAAGGUGAAGGCGAUGUGUGGAUAAUCUGUGAGAUCUAUUUUACUGUUAUUUAAAAUGUAAAAGUAUAUAUUUGGUUGAAUUGCUUAGUUUGAGUUAAAGGGAUACUCCACCCCAAAAUGAAAAUUUUGCCAUGAAUCACUUACCCCCAUGUUUGUUCCAA